AGGAGAAGAUCCUCACAAAAUACUCGAGCCAUUUCGUCCGUCUACCACGCAUUGGACCCGUGCUCUCGCUUCUGGACGGCAAUUGACAGGAACAACGAAGAAGGGGACGCGAAGGGAAGUGAAGGAGCCGGGACUAAGCGAGGAAAGUAUUUGCCACCGCUGUUGGAUUGAAAUUGUGGUUGCAGUCUUGUAGAUUGUGGGAUGGGCGGUCGAGUUCUGCAAAAGGAACGGAGGGAAGAGAGCGAGCUGAAACAUUUGCCACUGCUGUAAGCGAGUCAAAGUAGUACAGGAAUGAGGAUGAUUUUGUAAUUUCAGCUGUGCAGCAUGCAGGCCGGUACGCACUUCCAGGAACAAGAUUUCGACACCAUCUGAGGAAAACAACGAACUGAGUCAUCAUUUCUUGUGCGGGUUUAUGGUCUAACAUUGAACUGUCUAUUACACAUCGCAGCGAGGAAGAUUCUUACUGCUUUGAGGAACGAGCUGUUGGCCAUUCAGAUAGCAACAUUGAAAAUGAAGGUGAGCAUAACGCGGCUGGAAGGUUGGGGUUUAAGCCCUCUUAAGGAAAGGUUUAGAUGAGAAGUUUCGGAUGAGUCUCAGCAGGUUCUCGAGAAGGUUGUCUUAAGGAGCACAUCGGCGUGAACUUGGCAAGCAUUAGGUUAGAAGUAUGGAAUCCUCUAGCACAAGCAGCAGUAGCAACGAUGAGGGGCUUAUGAUGGGCGGCAAGUACAUCUCCAAGGAAGUUGUCUGCAAAAUUCUGGGAAAAUUGCCAGUGCGUAAUCUACUAUUGCUCCGGUGUGUCUGCAAGCGGUGGAAUACGAUUUUGGAAGACCUCGAAUUUCAGAGUAUCUCGUCCGCAUACGAAACUCAAAACGCAAUGAGUCCGGCCUCCGUGCCUUACUUACUGUGGGAUGCCGAUUCCUCUAGACCACUCUUGUCUUUUGAUUUACAAUUACGCAAGUGGCGACCAUUCCAUCUUCUUCAGUCCGUGCACGCAUCUGUAAUUUCCAGCACGAGAGGAUUGUUUUUGACCACGCAGCAAUCCAUCGAUGGAAAAUGUCUCUACAUUUUGAAUCCCUUGACCAAGACGGAGAGACGAAUUCCCGGUCUGGAUUGGUCUCAUUUCGAUGUCCGCCAAAUGGUCGUGGACGAUAUGGGCCUGGGACAGUACUUCAUCAUAGCGGAAGAACUUCAAAAGAAAGGUACAGGCGGUGAGCCUGUACCGACUUUUCCUAGAAUACAAAUUUACGAUUCUUUGAAGAAGCAAUGGUUUAUGACCAGGGGCUUUCCACAGGGCGUCCGCUUCAAAAAUGCAUUUGCUCUGAAUGGACAUCUUUUGUUCUUGGCACAGAAACAUGUCAUCUCGAACUCGAAAAACGUAGUACUAUACAAAUAUGACGGGAGGGAAUCCUUGGAGGCGUAUGGAUUGGAUCUGCCCGUCUGCAUAGGGCCGACAUUCCGGCAGUGGAUACCCCGCCUGUUCGGCAACAGGGGCCGGCUCAUGUUGAUUGGUGAGACCGAUACCUGCGGCAGAGGAGUGUUCAUAUGGCAAUUGAAUCCGACCACCUACGAGUGGGUGCUGGAACACAAGAUGCCAAAUGAUCUGUUCGUUACCUCUGUGGGGUCGUAUGAUUUUCUGGCCUGUGAGGAUUUCAUCUGCGUGCAUCCGAGUAGAGGUGAGAAGAAUAGGGCUAUAAUGGGGAACCUGGCCACGGGCUCCUGGCAUAUUCUUCCUGCUAUCUCACCUUCGCUGUACAUGGGCCGCUCGGCUUUCAUAUUCGACAGCUUUUGCUUCUACGAGCCAAGGGUGGGUGCUCUAGUGUAAAUGUCGUGGAAGUCCAGCUUUUCGAGUCGAAGAAAGGACAAGGUAGUCUGAAGAGAAAUUUUCACGUGAUAUUUCUCGAUGAAGAUGGUUGUAGAGCGUGCUACACUUGAAGUUGCCAUUGAAGACGUACUCUACUUCUCAUUAUACGACAUUAGGUCUUUGUUCUAAUGUCUCCCGGGCCUGUGUCGUACGUGGAAACUGGGAGCAGUUAAUGUUGUUGGGACUAAUCUCUAGACUUUGUCUAAUUGGGAACUUUUCAUACGGACGUAGCUACCAUCCACCUACGACAAAGUUCGCUAGAUUGGGGAUUUGUCCCAGGCACAGGUUCAGUAGAUACGCUAAUAGUGCGAGCCAGUUAGCGCAUGGGCCGUGGAGCUUUUGAGGUCACUGUGAGGUGUACUCAUGAAAUAGCGAAUGCAGCCACGUUUUCCGAGUAGAUGUUCUCUUUUAUUGACAACGCUUUUACACAGCUCUGGAGAUACUCCCACUCUUACUGUUUAUACUACAAGAAGUCGCAAAGGUUUGAUUGUCAUAUAUUUUGCGCCACCGUAUGAAAUAGCAUGGUGGAACUCGGUCGAGUCAAGUGUCCCAGCGUCAUCGCGACAGGUGCUCGGUUUCAGUCGGCAGGGAAAGUUGAAGGCAAUGAAGCGAUGAAGGGCUUGCUUUUAGAUGUUUUUAUUUGAGCCGAGUGUGAAUCGAGAUAUGCUCGAGUUCAUUGUUACCUGGGGGAUUAGAAGUAGUCAUGAUGUUUCGGACCCGAGAAGAAGUACGUAGUUUCGACGUCUGGACGAGUCGAUUUGUAGGAAAAUGCGAAACUGUUAAAUCCUGAAUAAAUUUAUACACUAUUACUAAGCCU